AUUUAAUUUUCAUUACAAUGAAGAAGAGACGUGCAAAAAUAAAUUCAGCCUUUAAGAAAAAUACGGCAAAAUUGAACGACAAUGAAGAGUUGCGAUCGAUAAAACUGUCAGCGCCUUCGGUAUUCAAGUCUGAAUAUUCGGAAGCGCUAACAGAGCAUUUUUUCCAUAAAUGCUACGAUGGUACAGUAAUAUGCUACCUAGGUUCGACAUUGUUUUUAUAUGUUGUCAACAUUGCAGCAGAUAACGAUUAUCGGCAAUAUUUCAUUGACAGUGUUGGAAAAAAUGUUAUACGUGAGUGUUUCGCCGCCGUAUCACGAGAAAAUUUGGAAAAUCCAAAUCAACCGGAAAUACCACGUGGAUUCCUUGAAAUGAUUGCCGAUGAUCAAUUUGAAUGGCCAAGUAGGUACCAAAUGGGCAACGCAUUUGAAUACUUGAAUCAACAAUAUUUAUCAAAUGUUACGACAAAUUUGACAACGCAUUUAGAUAAUAUAUUGGAGAACUUCUUGUGUUGAAAUGAUUCGCUAUCAAUUGAACGAAGCACUAAUCGGCUCAUAAAAUUUGAUGGCAUUGACAUAAGAAAUGCAAAGAACAAUCUUAUGUUCAAUCAAGAUUGUACCGGAGGCGAUCAACACCGAACGAACAGAAUGAAUGAGUUGUAUGAACAAGUCGCCGUACGCUGUUUACCAUCAUUUCGCAACCAUUUGUCAAUGAUUGAAUACAUCGAGAAAAAGUGGUUUGAAUCGUUGUGGUUUUUCAUCUUCAUUCAACGUGAAAUAAGUAUAUUUUUGGAAGAGCAUCACGAUCUUGUGCAAUUAUGGCUACGACACCAACGCCAUCCGCUUUUUUAUUGCAAACCAUCCAAGCCAUUGCCACCAAAAAUAAGAAAUUUCACCGUCAUACCGAUAUGUGACUCGCAGUUGAAACACAUUAAAUUCGAUCAAGUUGAUUUGAUGAGCCUGCUGGCCCAAUGGAAAGUUGUGCCGAAGAUAUUUAACAAUGAUGAUGGAGGGCAUAAUAUGUAUAGCCGUAACUAUUACAAGGAGAACGAAGAUGAAGCAUGGGCCAUUUUGUUCAACAUGGACAAAAUCAACGAGAUCAAGAAACCGAACCAAAACUUUCAUCACAUGAUAGUUUGCGAUAGUGUUUCCGCGUCGGUAUUGUACAGAACACCAAAGCCUGAGAUCGAGAAUCGACAAAAAAUCAAGCAAAAACUCGAGAACAAUGAGUAUAAAUACAUCGUCGCAAUUGAUCCCGGUAUGAAAACAUACUUAGCCGGAAUUCGUCGGAAUAUUGAAGAUCGCACUGAGGAAAAUUUCAAGAUAUCUUCGAAGUCAUAUCAUUGGGGUGCCGGACAAAAAGUCAGAGACAAAAUGGGAAAGCGUAUGACUGCCAGAUUCACGCAACGAGAGCAAUUGGACCGUGAAAGCUAUCCAUCGAUACCAUCACCGCGAGGAAUCCGAUGGAGAAAUUACGUCAGGCAUCGAUUAACCAUGGUGAAAGAUGCAGUGGCUGCAUAUACUCGGCGACGUUAUGCACGGCUUUCGUUUGACAAAUACAUCGGGUCACAAGGUUAGAAAGAUUGGCUGGCGAAAAAAAUAACAAAGAAUGAGCCAUCGCUUAUAAACAUCGGAGCAGUGGAUAUGGCACCCAAUUCACCAAUUGGCAUAAAAAAGGGAAAACGAUGCCCAGGUACACGGCAUCUUCAAUGCAGCGUUAAAAAACUUGGCCAUUCAGAUGUACACAAAGUGAAUGAAGAUUUCACAUCUCAACACUGUGCGAAUUGCCAGAAGAAAUUCCCGAUUCAAACACAAAAAUAUCGAUUCAAAGUGUGCCACUGUACUCGCGAUGCACCACUACCACAAGAAAUAGAACCGUAUAUCUCACUACCACGGCUAAUUGUGACGAAGAAGAGUCAACGACGCAAAAAGAAAGAUAGCUGCGUGAAGAAAUUGAUCGCAAAAGGCAUCAUGGAUCCAGCAAAUCAACCAGCAGAAUUUCAACCAGGGCGAUUAGAGUCAAAGAAAAUGUACUUUCUGAAAAACUGGCUACUAAACCCUGUGAAUGCAAUUCAAAUGGGAGGCGACGCUGAUAAAUAUCCGGAACAACAACAACAACAGCAACAUCAAAAACGAUUUUGCACCGUUUGGCAUCGAGACAUUGUUGCGGAUAGAUGCAUUAUGUACAAAGGUCUUUGUUACAUAUUCAAUUUGAAAUGCACAACUCGUAUGUCAGAGCACCAGCACCUCCAAGACCACCACCAUUGCGUAGAAGACAACCAGCACGCAGAAGAGCCAAU